AUGACGAGCCUCGUGUUGGAGGCGUACGACGGACAAACCAGUCCAAAGAAUCAUUUGUCUCGUUUUGAGGCGAAGUUGGCGAAGUACGCGGUUUCCGAUGCUGUGAAAUGCAGGAUGUUUCCAUCAACGUUUCGAGGCGCGGCAAAGGAAUGGUUCACGAAUCUGCCUCUAGGAUCUAUAGCUAAGUUCCGUGAUUUCUCAUCAGAAUUCCUUGACCAUUUCUCUUCAAGGACGGUAGAGGAUCUGUUUGAUACUCGGCAGGAGGAACGUGAAACCUUGGAACAAUAUGUGAAACGAUACAGUGCCAUAUCUGCGAGGUUCGAGGAAUUGCAGCCACGCGUGUGCGUGUGCGCUUUCAAAGGCGGUUUGGCCCAGGGAGAAUUUUAUUGCGAGCUGAGUAGGGAGCUGGCUUGCUCAAUGAUGGAAGUUCGCGCCCGAGCGCAGUACUACAUCUUAAAAGAGGAAAUUGAAGCACACAAGAGGAAGGGCGAGCGAACAAAAAAGGUAACUCUGGCAAGGGAAAAGGUACAGGUACAGGACAAGGACACGAGUCGCGAGCACGGGUCCGGACAAGCAGGCCGGAUUCAUAAAGAAGAAAAAAGGGAAAUUACUCCGCUCGAGAAUGGGGAAUAG